AUGGCCGGGCUCUUCGGAUCCAGCAGCACUGCGAGCCAGGCGAAUACCCUCGGUGACUUGUCGAAGGAUGUAGCUCUCAAUAACCCACCGUCCGACAGCAUCUCCGAUCUUAGCUUCUCACCUCAGGCCGAUUAUCUUGCUGUGGCGUCGUGGGAUAACAAGGUCUCGAUCUACCAGAUCACCGCAAAUGGAGGCAGUGAGGGGAAGGCCCAAAUCGCCCACGAGGCCCCAGCCUUGAGUUGCGCCUGGUCAUCUGAUGGCACAAAAGUUGUAGGAGCAGGUGCAGACAAGGCCGCUCGGAUGAUCGAUCUCAACUCUGGAGCUGUACAGCAAGUUGCCGCACACACACAACCUAUCCGCUGUGCAAGAUUCUUCAAUGUUCCGGCAUCGGGUGCGCAGAUGUUGGUCACUGGAUCAUGGGACAAGACAGUCAAGUAUUGGGAUUUGCGGCAGUCAACCGCGGUUGCUUCGUUGGAUGUUCAGGACCGAGUCUAUACUCUGGAUACGAAGGGGCCUCUCUUGGUUGUUGGAACAGCUGAUCGAUAUAUCAAUAUCAUCAAUCUGAACGAGCCAACUAAGUUCUACAAGACAAUGCAGAGCCCGCUGAAGUGGCAGACUCGAGUUGUGAGCUGCUUUGGGGACUCGAGCGGCUUUGCUGUGGGCAGUAUCGAGGGCAGAUGCGCUAUUCAGUAUGUCGAGGAGAAGGAUGCAAGCUCCAACUUCUCCUUCAAGUGCCAUCGUGACCCACCACAGAACAACAUCACGAAUGUUUACUCAGUGAAUGCCAUCUCGUUCCACCCACAACACGGCACUUUCAGCACUGCUGGUUCUGAUGGUACAUUCCACUUCUGGGACGGAGUAGCUAAGCACAGACUUAAGGGUUAUCCAUCAGUUGGAGGCACCAUCCCCGCAACUGCUUUCAACAAGGACGGCAAUAUUUUCGCAUACGCUGUUAGUUAUGACUGGAGCAAAGGAUACGCAAACAACACACCACAAUAUCCGAACAAGGUCAUGAUGCAUCCCGUAACUCCCGAGGAGUGCAAGCCUCGGCCGAGUGUGAAGAAGCGGUAG